GUAGAUAACUACCAUAUGCAGACCACUCCUCCGACCUCCGGGGCAAAUGGAGCUCACUGACCGCCAAACUUUCACCUCGGCAACAGCUCAUCUACGUACGGCCCGAAUAAACAUCGAACCCAGAAACUCUCCCCAAACUAAUUUCCGAAAUCUUACACACCCACUCGCACCCUCCCCUCCAAAGCGGCGCCAUCACCGCGCAACCCCCAAAGGAAAGAUACGGAGCGGAAAGUCCUAGCAUGAGCCGUCAUGCGAUGGCCGCCAUGGGCUUCCAACACGCAAGCCUCCAACAAUGACCACCCUACCACCACCAACAACAAUGACCCCAAGAACCUACUCGACUGGAGCGCCUUCACCGAACUCCGCACCCUCAUCCCAACUCUAGUUCUCACAACUGGCAUCCUCAGCGCCUUCACCCUGCACCGGAACUACCUCCGCCGGUUCCCCACAGCAGUCAACAUCACGCCCGCAUAUUACCGUCGCCGCAGCAUCCUGGGAAAAGUAACCAGCGUCGGUGACGGCGACAACUUUCGCAUCUAUCAUACACCCGGCGGAAGACUCGCGGGUUGGGGCUGGGUACCCUGGAAGAAGGUUCCCACGACGCGAAAGGAAUUGAGAGAUCAGACUAUCCAUGUCCGGAUAGCUGGUGUCGACGCCCCCGAACAAGCGCACUUCGGACGCCCCGCGCAACCCUUCGGCAAAGAAGCACACGAGUGGCUAACGGGGUACUUGAUAAACCGGCGCGUGCGGAUAUAUGUGCAUCGACAGGACCAGUAUCAGCGUGUGGUGGCGACGGUGUUUGUGCGGCGGGCGCUGGAUUUCCCGGUUCCGUUUCGCAGGCGCGAUGUCGGGUAUGAGAUGCUGAGGAAGGGGUUGGCAACAGUGUAUGAGGCGAAGGUUGGGGCGGAGUUUGGGGGUGAGGUGAUGGAGAAGAAGUAUCGGAGUGCGGAGUGGUGGGCGAAGGCGAGGGGGUUGGGGCUGUGGAAGGGGUUCAAGAAGAAUAGGGAUGCGUGGGAGAGUCCGAGGGAGUUUAAGACUAGGACGGGGAUGGAAGAUGUGGGGGAGGGGAAGAAGUAGGGUGGCUUCUACUUAUUCUUUGUUGAUAUUGGUGAUUGUGUUGUGCUUUUAAUUUGCAAUCGGAGGCGUUCGUGUGCUUUGGGGGGGUGGUUGCAUGAUGCAUAAGUUCUGAUGAUGAUACGGCUGAUACUGAUAGAUAUCCUUGUCGUUAUGUAUGUCUCUGCAUUGCGCAGCUAAUCUUUUGGUUGUAUAUUCGGAAAGAUAUAGAUAAUAGUCUGGUCAUCCACCGUUGCAGCACUC